UCCUUGACCUGCAGAGACAUCAAGACCUACUCUGAGGAUCACAGCAGAUAUGGACAGGAAGGUAUGUGUCGGUGUACUGCUAGCAAUACUAGUCACUGCUUCCCUCUGCAAGCCACUGAAACGACUAGAAUCUGCAAGGCACAGUGAUCUCCCAAAGACCUCCAGUUCUGGACUAAGCAGGCGGGAUCUAAUGGAAUCUCUGUCCCAUGAACAGAGGCAGAUAAUGUCCCAACUUUUCCCUCAACUUUCAGAACUUCUCACUGCGGAAGGUCAUUUUCAGCCUAAGCAAGACCGUGACUACGCCGGUUGGAUGGACUUUGGACGCAGAAGUUCUGAAGAUAUCGUCUCUGAUUCUUAAAAUUCUACCAUCUUUCUUACCCAAAUGUUAACAUUUCAUGGUUGCCAAGAUUGUCCCAAUGUUGGAAUAUUUGUAGUGAUAUUAAAAAUUGUGCCUGAGAAAAAA